UCGGUAUAUUUGAUGUAAGCGACCUUGUAAUAUUUAUCAGUUGGGUUAUGUCAUUGAGUCAUUUGUACUAAUCUAGGAAGACAAAAACUAAAAAGACGAGCGAAAACGAACAUUGAAGAUGUUUUCGAGUAAAUCAUCGACUUUUGAUAGAGCUUUGGAGAAGGCAACAAGUCAACUCCUUCUGGAACCAGACUGGGAUUCUAUUCUUCAGAUAUGUGAUUGUAUCAGACAGGGAGAUGUACAAGGGAAAUAUGCAGUUACAUCUAUGAAGAAAAAGCUCUCGGCAGAAAACCCCCAUGUUGCUAUGUUUGCUUUGCAGACUUUAGAGUCCUGCGUAAAGAAUUGCGGUUCCAUCAUUCAUGAAGAAAUUGCUACAAAAGAAUUCAUGGAGUUUUUGAAAGACAUUGCAAAGAGCAAGCCUGAUCCCAUGAAAGGGAAAAUCUGUGAAUUGAUUCAGUGUUGGUCCCAUGCAUUCCGGAAUGAACCAAAUUAUAAAGUUGUGCAAGACACUUUUAAUUUGAUGAAAAUGGAAGGCUACACCUUUCCAACUUUAAAAGAAGCAGAUGCCAUGUUUAUGGCAGAGAAAGCUCCUGAAUGGAAGGAGGGAGAUUUGUGUGCCCGCUGUCGCACUAGAUUUGGAACAUUUAACAGACAGCACCAUUGCCGUAGCUGUGGAGAUGUCUUCUGUGGCAAGUGCUCAGCUAAAUCAUCCAUCAUUCCCAAAUUUGGAAUUGAAAGAGAAGUGAGGGUGUGUGAUUCCUGCUAUGACAAAAUCCAACAUUCAACUUCAACCUCUGAUUCUUGCAGACCAGCCAAGAAGAAGGAUUCUGAUGACCUACCUGCUGAGUAUUUAGCGAGUCCACUCUCUAAACAACAACAGAGCCCGCCCCAGAAGUCAGAGCAGGAAAUCCAAGAGGAGGAGGAGUUACAGCUGGCCCUGGCUCUGUCCCAGAGUGAGAACGAGGCCAAGGAGAAAGAGAGAGAAAGGAUGAGGAAGAACUAUGGGAUGUAUGGAGGUGGUAGCAACACAACAGCCACCGCUCCUGCCACUCAGCCAGUGGUGUCAGCUCCUGUGAUUGACACCACAGACAUGGACCCAGAACUAGCCCGGUAUCUAGACAGGAACUACUGGCAGAGGAAGUCAGAGGACACCAAACAGCCAGUGGUGACCACCACCCCGUCGGCUCCUGUUGCCAACACGGAGCCCAAACAAGCUGGGGGAGGGGUCAUCAUUGAGGCCUAUCAAAAUGGAGCUGAUGAGGGUGACCAAGAGCAGUUUUUGCGAGCUUUACAUAGCAGCUUGGAGAUAUUUGUGAACAGAAUGAAGAGCAACUCCCAGAGAGGCCGUAGCAUUGCCAAUGACUCGUCUGUGCAGUCUCUGUUCAAUGUGAUAACUAACAUGCACCCCCAGCUGAUGAAGUACACCCAGGAGCAGGAGGAUAUGAGAGGACACUAUGAGUCCCUUCAGGACAAACUUGCACAACUUCGUGAUGCUAGAGAAGCAUUAGAUGCCCUGAGAGAAGAUUAUCGAGAGAAAAAACGCCGGGAACAAGAGGAGCUAGAGAGACAGAGACAGAUCCAGAUGGCCCACAAACUGGAAAUCAUGAGGCAAAAGAAACAUGAAUACUUAGAAAUGCAGAGACAGUUGGCUCUACAACGGUUACAGGAGCAGGAAAGAGAAAUGCAAAUGAGGUUUGAACAACAGAAACAUCUGACACAAAUAAGGCAGAUGCAGGCAUAUGGAUACCCAUCAAACGCUUAUGGGCAAGUGCCUCCCAUGCAGGGAAUGCCAGGACAAACCUUCAGUCCAAUUAAUUCUGUGGAUGGCUCACCAGUUCACCAAAUGCAUCUGAAUGCAUACCAACCUUCAAUGGGAGUAGGUCCAGGUAACAUGCCUAUGGGACCAGGACAAGGAAUGCCCCAGAUGCAGGGAGGAAUGAAUAUGGGGAUGGGGCCCCCAGGGGGAGGUAUUGAUCAACAGAUCAUGAUGAAUCAAGGGUCCAUGGGGUCAGGACUGCCCCAGAUGCAGCAGACACCACAACAUGUGUACAACCCCCCAGGUUCACAAGCUGGAGGACAGUACCCACCAGGAUCCACUCAGCCGGUUAGCUUACCGGGAACUUACCACUCAGAAGCUGGACCAAACAACUACCAACCACAGAUGCAAUACAGCAUGUCCCCUCCUAUGAAUCAGGGAUACAUGCCUCCCCCUAAUAUGGAUUACAAGGCAUUUAACAUGCAAAGUAUGGCCAAUUCUUUGCCCCCGCCGAAUCCGCAAGGUGUAUAUUCAACCUCUUCAGGUCAGCAACCACCGCCUCCACCCCCACAACAGCAGUACAUGGGAGCACCCCCUCCCCAGGGCCAGCAAUAUCAUCAGGGAGGACCCCCUGCCCCUCCUCAACAAACCCACCAACCACCCCCUCCUGCCCAGCUGGAGGGGGAAUUGAUUUCAUUUGACUGACAAACAACAAAGCAUUGAUGCAUUCAAAAUUGUAUACGUACAAACAAUAUUCAGAUUGUCCCGUAGGCAUUUAUUGGGUUCAUUUAUUGUGUUGUAGCAAUUCAAAUACAUGUAUGCUUUGUAAGUUAAUUGUUGUGAAGGAAAAUCAACUAUAUGAAACUGGAAUUCUUGUUUAAUGUACAGGUAGUACUUGGUAAUUUUAUUUCUGUAACAUGCAAAAAUAAAGCUUUUCUAAAUUAUUUUGAUUAUUAGAUAUGAAAAAUUAUGAGAGUAACAUUAUUUUUUGCAGUAGUGUGUAAUAUAAAUCAUUUAUAUACAUGUAGAUGAAUUAUUUGGUUUACAAAAAUGGAUUUCAUCUUCCUCAUGAUUUCUUAAAAAUCAAGGUCUUGUUAUUUGCUGGCAUAUCAACCUACAACAAACAAUUCAUAUUUAUAAUACACGUAAAGACAACACAAUGUUUAUGAUUAUUGAAUUAUACAAGAGAUAAUGUGUAUUGUACAAGAAGGAAAAAGAUAUUUAAUAAGCACUUACUGUUUUAAUUAGGGACAUGUUAUUUUGUUCUGCAAGAUGUUCUACAUCGUCAACAUCCCUUACUCCCCAUCUACUGUCUCUAUAAUGGAAACACAGACCAAGCUGUUUCAUAAUAUACUUGCUUACAAAAUAAGCAUUUUCAUAAUAUACCAGCACCUUGUGCCAGAGUCAUCACUUUUGUAAAUGACAUGUAUAUGUACAUACAUGCUUUGCCUUAUAAAUGUUUUGUGCUAUAAUGGCAGAAAAAAAAAAUAGAAAGUGAAAGAGGUAUAGCGCACUUAAUAUACGUUUUGGCCUCAAAUGUAGCCUUUUGCAAACAUCAGACAUUUUCAAUAUUAUACAAUAUUUAUUGAAAUAAAUUCAAAAAAACGCAAAUUACACAAUCACCAUGCUCAAAGAGUCUUGAUUAUCUUACACGACAUCAUUAAAAUAUUCAGGUUUUGUUAGGGAUAUAUAGAAAAGUAGUUAGUAUACGAAAAAAAAUUGGAUAUUUGACUAUUUUAAUCACUCUAAACCAAGGACAUCGGAUCAAAAUUAUGUUCUACAGGUAUUGUAAUACACGUUUAGUCUUUUACAUUGAAUUAGUUUUGGUUUAAUGUGGUAUUCGUAUAGACAAAUAUUUCAUUUAGUGUCUUUUCUAAUACGUACAAUCUUGUAUAUAGCCAUACAUAUUGAAAAUGCAUCUGCUGAAAAUGUUAGAUGCGUGGCCUAGUGGUAACGCGGAGGUCUUUUUGAUUUUGUGGUCGCUGGAUCGAAUCCACUAAAUAGUAUUUUUUUUUUCACUUAAAUUGAAACAUGAACAGAAUAGAGAGGUUAAGUUUCAUGUAUCUAAUCAUCUGGGUUUUUUUUUUAAUUAUCUUGUUUAAUUCAGUCUGAGUAUGAGCACACCCAAUAUAAACAGAUCUCUUCAUUAACACUAUACAUGUACUCUAUUUACGCUUAGAUCCUUUGCAUUUUGCUUGAACUUAUCACGGUUCAGAAUAUCAACUACUGUUAUACUCAGAUAUCCCGAAUUUAUGACAAAUCAGUUGUUAUAGACACCAUUAUAAAAUCAGUACACUCGAAUCAGUUUCAGUCCAGGUUUCAAAAAUCAUAUUGCGACAGCUAGGUACCUGAAGCUAUUUUUAGUAACAGGUACUUUCCAUCCAAAAACAGGUGUAGGCGAAAUAAUGGGAAAAGGCGCUAUACCUCUUUGGUAUUUUGCAAAGUUAUGCACAAUUUCCUUCAUAAAAGUAAGAGCUGAUUAUGACACGUACAAUAUCAUGCUGUCUAUUAAUUAUACUAAAAAUAAAUUGUACAAGUUA